GUAUAGACAAAAGCUUCAAAUGACUUGAGUAAUAUUAAAAGAAGAAUGGAAAUAGUGCUUAAAUAGUAGAUACAGAACGUCUUUGCAUUCUUAACGUGUCUAUGAAUGAAAAUUUGAAACCAGUGAAAUAUAUAAUGGUGUAUUAUUCAUAAAAAUCACUCAUAAAAUAUAAUAGACUGUUUAAAUUUUAUAUUCGGCAUGUUAAAUCACUUAGAAUUUUUCAAAUAGAAAUGUACCAGUAAACUCAUUAUUUUGAGGGGUGCACCAUAUUAUAUUUAGAUCUCUUAGACCUACAAGUUGUAUUUAAAAGUAUUUUUGUAAAAGAAUAGAAAUAUAUUCCUUACCUGUUGGAAAGAAAAGACAAGACUAUAUAUGAUGUAAAUUUACAAAGGAAUGAUCAUUUUAUCUAAUGUUUGAUUAUGUCCAACCAAACAUGUUAGUUUAGCCAACUUAUUGGGCGUCAAUAUAUUUGUAAAUUAUAUUAUGUCUGCUAAACAACAUUCUUGAAGCUUUCAUUUCACUAAUGUAUAAAAACAUUCUGAAAGCUGAGAACUCCAAGUUUCUUUAAGUGCCUCUUAUUGGUAACUUAUUGAACUUAGCUUUAAAGAGUUCACCAAGGCCAACCAUUGCAUGGGCAGGUCUUGUUUAAGCCCUCUUAGCUUCUGUUUGGUGAAAUCCAAGCACCUCCAAAUAAGCCGUUUUGUCUCCACAACUGCUUUCCAUUGUAGAGAAGAGAUCAUCACUCUCUGUUCAAGAGGGCAUAUCAAAGAAGCCUUUGGAAUACUCAAGUCUCAAAUAUGGUCGGACCCAUCUGUUUUCUCCAACUUCCUCCAAGCUUCCGUACUAAGAAAAUCACUUUUCAUGGGGAAACAGGUCCAUUCUUUGAUAAUCACAUGUGGGUGUUCGAACACGUUUGUUUCUAAUCACCUCCUAAACAUGUACUCCAAAUUUAAUGACUUAAAAAGUGUUAUGACGCUGUUUGAUAAUAUGAGUGGGAGAAAUAAGAUGUCCUGUAAUAUAGUGAUCAAUAGGUACGUUCAAAGUGGUGAUUUUGACAGUGCCCGCAAAGUAUUUGACGAAAUGCCAGAUAGAAACGUCGCAACAUGGAAUGCCAUGGUGGCUGGUUUGAUCCAAUCUGAAUUUAAUGAAGAGGGUCUUUGCCUUUUUUCAGAAAUGCAUAAGCUUGGAUUUUCACCUGAUGAGUUCACCCUUGGUAGCAUUCUUAGGGGAUGUGCUGGUUUGGGAUCUCUAUAUGGAGGGAGGCAGGUUCACGCUUACAUAUUCAAAUGUGGGUUUGAGUUUGAUUUGGUUGUUGGGAGCUCUUUGGCUCACAUGUAUAUAAAGUCCGGUAGCUUGAAGGAAGGAGAGAAAGUGAUUGACUCUAUGCCAACUCGAAAUGUGGUUGCCUGGAAUACACUUAUAGCAGGAAAAGCGCAAAAUGGGUAUCCCGAGGACGUGUUGGAUAACUAUAAUAUCAUGAAACUCGCAGGGUUUAGGCCAGACAAAAUCACUUUUGUUAGUGCAAUCAGUUCAUGCUCAGAAUUGGCAACACUAGGACAAGGUCAGCAGAUUCAUGCUGAGGCAAUCAAAGCUGGGGUAUGUUCGGUAGUUGCUGUUAUUAGCACAUUAGUUAGCAUGUACUCGAGAUGUGGAUGUCUGGAAGACUCUGUGAAAGCUUUUGCGGAAAGCAAAGAUGUGGAUUCUGUGUUGUGGAGCUCUAUGAUUGCUGCUUAUGGGUUUCAUGGUCGAGGUGAAGAAGCAAUCAAAGUUUUUGAAAAGAUGGAGGAUGAAGGAGUUGAGUUGAAUGAUGUUGCUUUCUUAAGCUUGCUUUAUGCUUGUAGUCAUUGUGGAAUGAAGAAAAAAGGGAUGGAGCUGUUUGACAUGAUGGUAAAAAAGUAUGGAUUGAAGCCUAGACUUGAGCACUAUACUUGUAUAGUUGAUCUUCUUGGACGCUCGGGCUGUUUAGAGGAAGCAGAGGCUGUGAUAAGGUCAAUGCCUGUUAAAGCAGAUGCUAUCAUAUGGAAAACUUUGCUAUCAGCGUGUAAGAUACACAAGAAUGCAGACAUGGCGAUUCGGGUUGCUGGAGAAGUUCUCAAGGUUGACCCUCAUGAUUCAGCUUCUUAUGUGAUACUCUCUAACAUCCAUGCUUCUGCGAAAAGGUGGAAGGAUGUUACUGAGGUGAGGAAGACCAUGAAGGAUAAUAACAUUAAGAAGGAACCAGGUAUAAGCUGGCUGGAGAUUAAGAAUCAAGUUCAUCAGUUCUGUAUGGGUGAUAGAUCUCAUCCAAAGUCAAUGGAAAUUGACUUGUAUCUGAUUGAACUAACUGCUGAGAUGAAGUUGCGUGGUUACACACCUGAUACUGGAUCUGUUUUGCAUGACAUGGAUAUUGAGGAGAAAGAGAACAACUUGGCACAUCACAGUGAGAAAUUGGCGAUUGUUUUUGCCUUAAUGAAUACUAGUGAAGGUACACCAAUAAGGGUGAUGAAGAAUUUGCGUGUAUGUGAAGAUUGUCAUGUAGCCAUUAAGUACAUAUCUCAGAUAAAAAACAGAGAAAUUAUUGUACGUGACACUAGUAGAUUUCAUCACUUCAAAAAAGGGAGUUGUUCUUGUGGAGAUUACUGGUGAAGAGAGAUUUGCCACAUUCUUGCAGACUACAGUCAAUGGGAGUUUUGUUUAAAAAAAAUCAAUAUGAUUAUCAUAUUGAAAUUUUUUUUUCAGUUUCUGUACUCUGAGAUCACUCAUUCUUGAUUGAAAAGGGAACUAAUUUAUCUGUAGCUAAAGAGAAACUUGAGAUCACUCAUUCUUGAAUGAAGAGGGAACUGUUCUGUUUUUUAGAAUAAGGAAGAAGGUUGGUGUUAGUCAAUCCAUUUUGCAGAAAAGAGUUCUUCAGCAAAGCACUGUAAGCUAAUAACCAAGAUUUUGAGGUUCUUAGCUUAUUUUUUCCUAUAAAUGAAUGUCUCACACCAAUCUUUGUGAAAUGAAUUGAUUUGUUUGUAAGAGUCUUUUACUUAAACAUGUACUAAAAUCACCAAAUUUAUCUGUAAAAUUGUUCAAAUGAUCCCCCCAACCUGGACUAAAGUUUUGGCAAUAGUAUUUAGUGUGUCGUUUUCUUUUGGAUUAGCUAUAGUUGGUUGCCUGCU